AUGGAAGUUAUGCCAUACAACAGUGCUCACCACUGUGUGGUUGAGGUGGAGAAUUUCCUAUUUGUGCUAGGAGGAGAAGACCAGUGGAAUCCUAAUGGAAAACACAGUACGAACUUUGUGAGUCGAUAUGAUCCAAGAUUUAACAGCUGGAUACAGCUUCCACCUAUGCAGGAAAGGAGAGCCAGUUUCUAUGCCUGUCGCCUGGAUAAGCAGCUAUAUGUCAUUGGAGGAAGAAAUGAAACAGGAUAUUUGUCGAGUGUUGAGUGCUAUAAUCUAGAGACGAAUGAAUGGUGCUAUGUGUCCCCCUUACCACAGCCUCUAGCAGCCCAUGCAGGAGCUGUCCACAAUGGCAAAAUAUAUACAUCAGGUGGUGUUCAUAAUGGCGAGUAUGUGCAAUGGCUGUAUUGUUAUGAUCCAGUUAUGGAUGUAUGGGCUCGGAAACAAGAUAUGAACACUAAGAGAGCAAUCCAUGCCUUUGCUGUAAUGAAUGAUCGUCUAUAUGCAAUUGGCGGAAACCAUUUAAAAGGAUUCUCCCAUCUUGACGUUAUGCUUGUGGAGUGUUAUGACCCAAAGGCAGACCAGUGGAACAUUCUACAGACACCUAUUCUGGAAGGGCGCAGUGGCCCAGGGUGUGCAGUACUGGACGAUCGAGUUUACCUUGUUGGUGGCUACAGUUGGAGUAUGGGUGCUUACAAGUCAUCCACGAUUUGCUAUAGUGCUGAUAAAGCCAGCUGGACAGAACUGGAAGGAGAUGUUGCUGAGCCCCUCGCUGGGCCGGCUUGUGCUACUGUCAUAUUACCAGCCUGUGUCCCCUACAACAAAUAAAGACUGUACAGAGAUGGACACUGUAACAUUACAGAGACUAAUUAACUACUUUUAUUUGGAAAUUUUCUUCCUUAAAAAGGUUGUAAAAAAAAAAAGAAGAUGGCUUGACGAAUGUCUGACAGAUCUAUCACAACUGGAACUUUCAUCAAGUUGGUGAAAUUACUCAAUGAAACAGUCAUUUAA